AAUGGUUCAGGAGAGCGAAGGCUCUGAUACCAUGAAAGUGGAAGUGUUUCCCUUGAAUUCAUUUACAUGAUUACACAAGUAUAUAUUGAGGAGAUCGUUACAAGAGAGUAGGGAUAUGCCCAAGUAUAUAGGUAACGAUAUCAUAACAAGAAUGGAAUAUUCUUGUUGACUAACAGAUAGAAACAAAUAUCGCCAGCUUGGAUGUUAUAAUAAGACCAUGCAUAUGACCAGAUACAAAAACUAAAGGAAGAAAACAAAACACCUUAAAAAUACUUAAAACACACUCACAUUGUCAGAAACCUACAUCGAGAAACACACUUCUACACAAACACGUUCAUGAAGAACACCACAGAGAAGACCAAGAAGAUGGUUUGUGAUGAUCACGAUAAUGAUCGCAUACUAUGGGAUUGUGGAAGUCCACUUUAUGACUCCUACGAGCUCGUCUCUCUCACUCACAUCAUCGAACGCCACUUCAUGUAUCUCCCCUCUCUCUCCGGCGCCAGAAAAAUUAGUUCUUCUCGUACACCGUCAGAUUUGGGAGAUAAGGCGAAUCGCGCAGCCAGCACCGUCGUGGAUCUAUGCUGUUCCUCUGAUUCGACUACGGGAAAAUUAUUGGGUGGCGUUUUUGGGAAGAAAUGGUGGAAGUCAAAGAAAAAUGCAGAUGUCGUGGAGGAGGAACACAAUAAGAUGAAGACCAAGAAGGUGUUUCAUCGGGUUCUCUCUAGGUUAAGGAUCCCUACCACAAGAUCUGGUUCUCUGAAGAUGUGAUGUUUCUCUCCUUCGUAAAAAAAAAAAGAUUAAUUAUUGUUUGUAUAAUUUGAAGUUUUAUCGAAUAAACUGUAAUGAGAAUGUGAUUUGAACUUUGUUGCUCCAUUGAUAAAAUGCAGAUUUGUUGCAUUUUUAAUAUUGACAUUAUCAUCAUCAUAUACUGAACGUUAAGAGUAUGUAAAGUGUGAACUUUUGGAUUAACAUGGCAAUCCACGUUUACGUCAUAAAAUAUGAGAUGUAACGCUUAGAAGCAGUUAAGAUACCAGCGGUUACUAACAAUAAAUAAAAUUAAAUAAUUUCACAAUUUUCUUUGCAGUAUUUUGUAAUAUGCAAAACUCAAACAGAUAAACGUUACUUGCGUUUACAUCUUGCAAUAAAAUAACUUCAACAAUAGCUAGGGAUGUGCACACAAAAAGAAACAAUAAUAAGGGAUAAAACAAUUGUAACGUAAAAAAACAUGCAAGUAAAUCUGUGUGUUAUAUAAGAAAAACUUAAGUAAAAAAAGCAUGGAAGAUCUUAAAUAGUUGAGUGUUUAUCGUAUAGUAUUAGUGUGAUUACAAGCUUUGAGACAAGAAAACAACCUUCUCUGUUACUGGUCACUUCACAUUUAUAACCGUCCUCUCAGGUAAUGUUACUGUUUGCCUGAUGAUGAUGACAUUUUUAGCAAACUAUCGAAAUUAAUUGUUGGAAUCUAGCUAAAAGGAAAUGAUGUGAAUUAUUAGCAUAUAUAUUAAUAAAGGAAAUUUAGAUCUCGAAUCCAAAAGGGAGUGUCAGAAGAAAAAUGUGAACUUGAUAGAAAACACAAGUGAAUAAGAAGGACAAAACAUGUGAAGCAAUGGGUAUAUUGGCUCUAGAAUAUUUCAUGAUUUGUCUGACAAUAGUCUAACAAACACAUGGUUUAUUGACCUAGUCAAUGAAUUAGUCUUGGAAACUUGGUAAUUUCAUAAUCUGAUCAAUGAUUAUUUUGAUGUAUUGAGAAACUCGCAAAUGGGCUCAUUGGUUCAAGUUUAUUAUGGCCCAUAUAAUACAAGAUUUGAACGGAGUCAAAAUGCUGCUUUGUGUUCUCGUUAGUAUCACUUUUUCUUUUAGCAUAUAGUUUUAGUUUAGCCGUUACAAGAUUCUAUGUAAAGCACUAAAGCUCAAGAUAUCAAUGAGCAUCUACAAAAGCUUGAUUCCUCUUAUCCAAUUGGUAUAAGUUAUGAAUUUCAUAUGACAUCUUUAUCUUUAAUAUACCAAAUAUUUUCCAAUGCAAAAUAACAAAAGAUUAUAAAUCUAUUUCCUAUUAUCUAUCAAAGAUUAUUCUUGUUAAAAUCAAAGCAAGAAUGUGUUGUAAUGAAGAUAUAAAAAGAUAAGUAAAUAAUGCUCAUUUCUUCGUCUGUGGUUAGUACUUAGUAGUAAAGAUAGAGAUCACACUAAAGUAAAAGUCAUAAAAAACAGUCAAAAGAAGCACACCGAAGAAAAAUGUGAGUUAUAUUCCCACAAAGAAAUCAGGAAAGUGGGCCCACCAUUGGUGGUUCGUUUGGUGUGAUAUCAGGUCCCACUAUAUGUACACAUGGGCCACUUUUAUUAACGUUUCUUUCUUCUUUGACCUUUAAUUUACGAAUAUUUCCUUUUCUUGCCAUCUAAUUUUUAUUUAUCGUUUUUCGUCAUAUUGUUGUUAUUUUGCUCAAAUUUAUAAAAAUGCUAUAAAUAUUUUUCAAAAUACUAGUCUGUCACAUCUUUUAACAAAGGCCAAAACCCUGCUUUUCUUUUUACCUCAGUGGUCGCUGACAUCGAAGCUAAAAAGAAAAGCUAUUACAUAUACUCUAUGGUUGUUAUAAAAAGCAAAAGCAAAACUUCUUACUUUUCUUUAUAGUUUGGUUAAUUCUUGAUUGUGUUGGUGGUGGUCUCUAUCUAUAUGUUGUACAAUACAAUGUCCACAUUGAAACAUACAUACAUGUAACGCAUAAAUUAAAAAAAUAUUUAAAAACCAAUCAUUUUUACACAUUAUUAUUAUUGAAAAACCAAAGUAAGUGGUAAAAACGUACAGGUCAGCAUAAAUGUACAGACGGCAGAAGAUUAGACGGAACUCAGAGUGGAUGCUCCGUUUGGUUAGAGUGGGGUUGCGUCACAGCUCAGAAGGGAGAGAGAAUAAUUGAAACUAGUAGUAAAACGCUCACUGUGAAACGCAGUCGUUUUAAUGAACGCCGUUUAUUUAUUUCUUUUUUACCCAAGUGAGUGAUUAUUUUAUUUUUAUACUCUUGUCUGCUACCACCGUGUGAAAAGGAGCGAGAAUUGCAGAAACAUAUUAGCAAAAACCCAGAGAGAUUUUUUCUCCCAACAAGACCAAACUAGAGAACAAGUAACCAUAAAAGGCAAACAGAGAUUCACAAGUUUGCUUACUUUCUCUUUUAACUCCAAAGUUAUGAUUUUUAUCUCUCAGACAGCAUUUUCCUCUGUCUUUUUCUCUUUGUGAUUUUUCUCUUAUUCUUGGUUUUGGGUUUUCCGAGAAAACCCAAGAUACAAAACAGAGGAUCUGGUAGAGCACGAGAGAAGCUUAAACCCAAACCAAAGAAGAAACCUCUGAGCUAAAGACGUUUAAUUGGAAAG